AUGAGUUCUGACUAUGCAAAGCCAUAUUCGGACUUUAUAGAAGCAAUGGAAAAGCUUUUUCUCAUAAAAUAUAAUGAAUCUGUUGAAAGCAUGUGCAGUAUCAUCAAAAAUGUUUUGAUUACGAAAUAUCAACUUUCCAAAAAGCAGCUCUUGGAGAUCAUUUUAAAAGCACUUGAAUAUAAUUAUGCUUUAGGAAAAAAUUAUAUAGAAAUACUCAAGAAUAUUGGCUUGGAUAUUAAUAAUCUUUCGCAUUUAUCAUUCCCGUUGGAGGGUUCAGUCGAAUUUAUUGUUAUGCAUGAUCAAAUUGAAAAAUUCAAAGACUAUAUUUCUCAAAGAGAACUUAAAAUUGAUGAUUUUUUAAAAAUUAAUAUCUUUGGUGAAUUUGAGAGUCUUAAAUUAUCGUUAAUAGAAGCAUGCGCAUAUUUUGGAUCUGUGAACAUUUUCUUUUUCUUAAUUUCAAACCAAAAGUGUACAAUAUCAAAAGAAUGUCUUCAAUAUGCAGUAAUUGGUAGAAAUACAGACAUCAUCAACAAAUGUUUAACGGAAAAUGGUAUGGACAUGGAUUGUAUCAGAAAUAUUGUAUGUUCACAUAACCACGAAAUGCUUGAAUACGUUUUAGAAAGAUAUAUGUUGACUUAUGAAGAUUUCGAUACAGAAAACUUAUUCCAAUCAACUAUUUUCGACGAUAUAAUCAGAUACCAAAACCUGAAAGCUGUAUUUAUUCUUUUUAAAAGAGAGAAAAACUUCAUUGUUCCAUGGUGUGCUGCAUUUCCUCAAACAAUAGAUAUUCUCAAAAACGAAAAACUUCCUGAUAAAACUGAUUUCCGGAAAAGAACUAUUUUACUUUAUUCAUGCAUGUCACAAAAUUCGGAUGUCUUCAAAUUUUUAGUUGAAUCAACAAACAAAAUCGAUGCCAAUUAUCGAGAUGAUGAUAAAAUGACUGCCCUUCAUUACGCCGCAAUGAAUAAUAAUAUUGAUGCGGCAAAAAUUCUUAUUUCUCUAGGUGCUGACGUCAAUGCUAAAAUUACUCAUAAUUAUAUGGAAUACUCUUCUAUUUCAUAUCAAUCAUAA